CUUCUUCCCCUCGUCGCAGUGAAGAAGUUCGUUCUUCCCCGCUCCAGCUCAACCUUCUUCUUCCCCCCCAUUCAAUUCUUUAUCUUGUCCAAUCUGUUUGUUCUUUUCUUAUAAAAAAGGAAUUAGCCUGAGUUAGAAGAUUGCCCGGAAGUUCUAAUUGUAGAUCAACCUUUUUGAAAGCUUUUGGGGGGUUGUUGUGUUCUCAAUUCCCGACCAUGAGAGGAACGAAGCGAUUCGCCUCGUCCGAGUCUCGCUUCUUAACCAGCGACGCAAACCAAAGCAAGAGACUUUUGGAUGGGUCACUUUUUGAUUCUCAAAGGGCAGAGCCAUCCCAGCAGCUGUCAGUUGCUUCCCCACAGUUGGAUAUGCGGAGGGCUGAAUCAUCCAGGCAACAUGUCAGGGCUCUCAAUACUCAGUUUGCAAGCUGGGUGCAAACACAAUUGCAGAACCACCCUGAUGAACUAUGGGAAGAUGGUGUCCAAGACUAUUUAACCCAUGCUUCAUCCAUUAUGGAGAAAUUUAGUGAUGUUGUAAACUGGCUGAAAGCAAAUGGUGCCAAAGGAGCAACCACUUCCUUGCUAGGAUUUCAGUCAGCUCCAAAGACAGCAGUCACAUCUGAAAAUAAAGAAAGCAAGAGUACCUCCUUUAUGGGAUUUCAAACAGCUCAAAAGCCAGUUGCCUCAGAAAAUAAAGAAAACAAAAGCACAUUAUUUCUGGAAAAACCUCAUAUUCCCGAAGCUAAUGCAUCUUCGAGUUUUGGCACUUCCUGGAAUUCGGGACCAAUCUUUAACAACAAAACUCCAUUUUCAUUUGGACUUCAGAGUCCAGUUAUGCAACCUCAAAAUGCAGUGACUGCAAACAAUGACAUUUCAAAUGAUGCAGAUGCUGAAGAAGGUGAAAUAGAGCAGCCAGACAGUCCAUCCGUAAAGAAGGUUGAAGAGAUUGGAGUCACUGUUGUCCAUGAAGUCAAAUGCAAACUUUAUGUGAAGUCAAGUGAUCCAGCAGACGAAGAUGCAUGGAAAGAUAGAGGCACAGGUCAGCUAUCUAUAAAAUGUAAAGAAGGUGCUAGCAAGGGUACCCGUGAAUCCAAACCCACCAUUCUCAUUCAAAAUGAUGUUGGCAGGGUGAUGCUCAAUGCAUUACUAUAUCCGGGCAUCAAGACGAACUUGCAAAAAAACUCACUUGUUUCAAUAUUCCACACCGCGGAAGGGGAGAACGGCAGCAGUGUUGUAGCACAGACAUGUUUGAUUAGAGUGAAAUCUGUAGAGGACAGGGAUAAGUUGGCAGCAAUCAUCCAGGAGUGUGCUCCUGCUUCAUGAGAACAAUGGAGUAAAACCACUGUUGUAUU